UCAGGUUUAAUCCUAACCUACUGGACUAUUCAAUAUUAUUUCCCUCUAGUUGUAUUGACGAUGGCAUUUCACGGUGUUGGAUUUGGAUUUGUGUAUGCAACUGCAAUAGGAACAGCUCAGCAGUGGUUUUCUAAAGAGAAUCGAGGACUUGCUGGUUCAAUCGUAAUCGCAGGAUAUGGGUUUGGAGCCGUUGUUUGGAUUCCUCUACAAACAAGUUUUGUUAAUCCUGAAAAUAUAAAGGCAGUGAUGGCUACCAACUGUACAGAUGUUGAGUCGUCUUGUGAUAAAUACUUCAUAGAUCAAUCAGUGCUCGACAGGGUUCCGUACAUGUUCCUUGUAUUAGCAGGGGUUUCAUCUAUCCUUGGGAUACUGGCUGUUCUCCUUAUAUCCUCUCCAGAAAUCAUGAAUACCUCCUCUUCAUCCACUCUGGCAGCCCAGUAUACCUCCUCUUCAUCCACUCUGGCAGCCCAGUACACCUCCUCCACUGCUUGUAUUGUAGAACUUCAACUCGACAGAAGAUUGAACGUGGAAGAAAAUGAGAACGCACAGAAGAACCGGAAAAAGAAUGAGGAGGAGAUGGAGGAGAAGAAGGAGGAGGAGGAGAAGGAGGAGAAGAAGAAGGUCAGAGAGGAGGAAAAGGAUGAGAAGGAGGAGAAAGAGGAGCAUGGGGAAAAAGAGAAGAAGGAGAAUUUAGAAGGUGAUGAACAAAAUUUGUCUCCAGUCCAGCUCUUGAAAACAAGAACAUUUUAUCAGCUGUGGCUGUGUUUCUUGGGAAUCUCCCUGGCUAACGGAAUCCUGCAGAACUAUUCAAAAACCUUUGGAUUCACAUUCAUCAACGACGACCAUUACUUUUACAAGAUUGGGAUAGUUUCCAAUAUUCUCAAUGGAUUCUGCAGGAUUGUCUGGGGUUUGCUUUAUGACAGAUUAAAGUUUCGAAGAUGCUAUAUGAUUAUUGGAUCUGUUGUUACCAUUACUACAAUUACCAUGCCAGUGCUUCCACUUAUUGGAACUGAUACAGUUGGUGUUCACGCUAGCUACGGAAUCUGGAUGUUUUGUAUUUUUGCCACAUUUCCUGGCAUUUAUGCAAUAAUUGCUGCAGCUCUUGCUGACUAUUUCGGACAGAAACAUUACCAGGCAAACUUUGGUCUACUGUUUACUCAAAACCUAGGAUACUGCGCAAUAAUUCUUAUCAUCACCAAGGUUCCAUCAAUCUACAAUGUUUUUGGAUAUUCUGGAAUGUUCAUCACAUCUGGAGUUUUUAGUUUGAUUGGUCUUAUUUCAGCUUAUUUUCUACCAGACCUGUAA